AUUUAAUUGUUAGGCAUACACACACAAUUUUUCAUUACGUAUAGUAUCUCUAAAUGUUCCUUGCUACAAUCUAUUGUCACGCGUAAAAUAAUGUAGAUUUAUUAUGAAGCAUUCUGUAUGUGAUACAAGAAGAACAAGGAGGAGAGAAGAAAAAUUUCAAUAAUGGCGUCCCCUCGACCCAAGUCACCACGAAUCCCGGUUUCCACAAAGAAAGAGGACAAAGAAGAAAGCUUCUGGGAUAAAAUUGGAACGCUCGGGCGAAAGAAACGUAUCAAGGAAGUGAAAGAUGUGCAGGAAGAAGGGAAAUAUGCGAUUGACUCGCCUGGAUAUGCCGCGAACCCUGACAUGCCACCAGAGGAAUAUGCUCUUGACGAAAAUGAAGAACGUUCCAUGAUAGAGCCGAAAUCUUUAGAAGAUUCCAAACUACAAGAAUUGAUAUUUGUUUUAAUUGAAUGGAUCAAUGAUGAAUUGGCUGAUCAGCGAAUUAUUGUAAAAGAUAUCAUAGAAGAUCUUUACGAUGGACAAGUGCUACAAAAACUUUUGGAAAAGCUGACGGGCGAGAAAUUGGAUGUACCUGAAGUAACUCAAUCCGAAGAAGGACAAAAACAAAAACUCGCUGUUGUUUUAUCCACUGCUAAUCGGGUACUAGGUCGAUAUCCCCCUUACAAAUGGAGCGUCGAAUCUAUACAUUCGAAAAAUAUUGUUGCGAUUCUUCAUCUACUAGUUGGCUUAGCGCGGCUCUUUCGCGCUCCUGUUAGAUUACCGGAAAGAGUUGCAGUUCAAGUGGUUGUGGUACGUAAAAAAGAUGGCCAGUUGAUACACAGAACGAUAAGAGAAGAAUUAACAACGACGUAUGACGAUUUGGGUAUGCGUUGCGAGCGUGAUGCAUUUGAUACUCUUUUCGAUCACGCGCCUGACAAAUUGGCUGUUGUAAAGAAAUCUUUGGUAACGUUCGUGAAUAAGCAUUUGAGCAAGGUACAUUUAGAAGUGACCGAUUUGGAUACUCAGUUUCACGAUGGUGUCUUCCUGAUUUUGUUACUUGGUCUCUUGGAAGGUUUCUUUGUUCCAUUGGGUAGCUUUCACUUGACACCAAAGACCAUUGACCAGAAAGUUCAUAAUGUUUCGUUUGCAUUUGACAUUAUGCGAGAUAUUGGUCUACCAAAACCUAAAGCUCGUCCCGAAGACAUCGUAAAUUUGGAUCUCAAGUCUACACUUCGUGUAUUAUAUAAUCUCUUUACGAAAUAUAAAGGGAUAAAUUAAGUAAAUCCUUUUCACAAUUAAUUGAUUUUACAUGCAAAGCUAUAAUAUAAUUAUACUAACGAUCGUGACAUGAUUCUCCUUUCCAUCCCUAUUAAACUGUUAUUAAAAAACUAUUUAUUGAAAAAUAUUUAAUACGAAUCUGCUUUUAGCUGUGUUUUUUAAAGAAUAUCUUAUCAAUUUUUUUCGUCCAUUUUUCUCAUAGCCAUAUUAUUAUCAUACAAAUUUUAUUUAUUUCGACGAGUAAAAAUGUAAAAAGAUACAGAGGAGAUUAUACAGAAAGGAUUAUAUAGCAUUAGAAGCUUUAAACAAUGUGCCUUUUUAUAUGCGUA